GUUAUAGUAAAAGGAUAAAGGGCUCAUUAUUGUUCUCUGGAGGUUUCACUGUUCACAGCUUUGCAUGAUGUCAAAGUGGUGUCCACUCUCAGUGGUUAAGUCGUUCAACUUCCAGCCACUAUGUUGUGGCUUCGAACUCCUCGCCUUUCAUUUUGGUUUGGGCAACUGGGUAGUUUCUCUGACUCACACUUAAAGUGUGGCUCAAAGCCGUGUUCACGAAUCUGUAUAUGGUCAUUUGAAAUUAUCGAUCAACGCCUUCACAUGUUGUUUCCAGUCACUGGGAAAGUGGUUGGUCCAAUCCAUAACAGUCAACUCUGGAGUCUCGCUGGUCCACUCUAAGACGCAUCUGAGAUGCCUUAUCGGAGACUGUACUAAAAUCGUUCAUAGUUGAAUUCACCGGAAUACCUUUUACACUAGCCUGUAGAGAUGUUCAGUCUACUGAUAUUAUCAAUCCGUUUUCAUCAUUGACAGUAUUAUCGCAUCGCUAAUUCUUCCUUAACCCUAUUAUUUUCACUUUAAUUAUCCUCUCAAGAAUUAUGAAUCAGCUUGAGCAAGAUCUGCGGACUAAACCGAUUUGCCUGAUUGUCCUUGGUAUGGCAGGUUCAGGCAAAACGACAUUUGUGAAGAAGCUAACUGAGUAUUUAACAGUUUCAUCAAAUUCGUCGUAUACAAUUAAUUUAGACCCAGCAGUUUAUCAUAUUCCGUACAAUCCUAACAUUGAUAUUCGCGAUACUGUCAAGUUUAAAGAGGUUAUGAAACAAUAUGGUUAUGGACCAAAUGGAGCUAUUAUGACAUCGUUGAAUUUCUUCGCCUCACAAUUUCAUAAAGUUGUGGAUAUAAUUAACAGCAACUCCGGAAAGGUUUCCUAUGUAAUAAUCGAUACACCUGGACAGAUUGAAGUGUUCACAUGGUCUGCUUCAGGAACUAUUAUUACAGAACUAUUAGGCAAUUCUUUUCCUACUCUAAUUAUAUACGUAAUGGAUACUCCACGAAGCCACAAUCCUAUCACAUUCAUGUCUAAUAUGCUCUAUGCUUGCAGUGUGUUGUAUAAAAUGCGACUUCCGUUUAUAUUAGUUCUCAAUAAAACUGACAUUAUAGACUGUGAUUUCGCCAUUCAAUGGAUGAGGGACUUUGAAACAUUUCAAGAUGCUCUAGCUGGUCAUCAAUCAACUGAUGGACCAUCUGAAAUGGAAGGUGAUAAUCCUUGUCCUGGGACAUCACCAUACAUGAAUAGUCUGGUUCAUUCUAUGUCAUUAGUGUUAGAUGAAUUCUAUAGUACUUUGCGUUGUUGUGGUAUCUCGUCGAUAACUGGUGAAGGCAUGAGAAAGUUUGUGGAAGAGAUUGAUGAAGCGAAAGAAGAAUACUUUAAGAUAAAUCUUCCGAGUUUGUAUGCUAAACAAGAAAAAACAAGCAAGAUUCAAGUGAUAAAUCUAGUAAGUGUCAUUCAUCCAAACAUGGAUCAAUGCUUUUGGAUUUGGCUGGUAAUGAUGACGAAGCUGAAAAUGAUCCGCUACCUGAUGUUGAUGGUAUAGAAAUUCGUCCACACAGUGAUUCAGAUGAUAACGAUGAUGAUGAUGAAUUUUUAGAAUCAAAAGAUCUCACAUCUAUUCAAAAUAAAUUUCAACAAUCAUGUUCUGUUGAUCCUGUUCCUUCUAUGAAUUGUGAAAACUAACUCCUUCUAUAAAUGGAAACAAUUAUUUUGUACAAAAUAUAAAUAUUUUUUGUUGCUGA